UAGCUGUAGCAUUUAACAGCUCAAUACCGUGUGUACUAAAGAUGGCGACAGGAUCCUCGCGUGUGAUGCCGAAAAGUAUCAAAGAAUUGAUGAAAUGCACACUACGGCAAGACAUUCGACACGCUGGGAGACGCUUUCUUUGUACCUCUACCGACUUGCCAUCAGCUGAGCAGAUAAACAAGACUCCCUUGUCGGAACCUGUACGCAACCUUCCAAAGCCAAUUUAUGCUGUGCCUUCCUCAUUCCGACACGACACAGAGGUGACGACGUUGGAGAAUGGGUUGAGGGUGGCAUCGGAGAACAAAUUCGGACAGUUCUGCACUGUAGGGGUCGUAAUCGAUUCUGGGUCACGAUAUGAGGCCCCUUACCCAAGCGGCAUAUCGCAUUUCUUGGAAAAGCUGGCUUUUGGUUCAACAAAAGAGUUCCGGGACAGGGAUGCAGUUCUACGAGAGCUUGAAAGGCAGAGUGGUAUAUGUGACUGCCAGAGUUCAAGGGACACAAUGAUCUAUGCCAUGUCAGCAGAUAGCAGGGGACUAGGACCUGUCAUAAAGCUACUUGGCGAUGUCGUCUUACGGCCAUCUUUCAGAGAAGAAGAGGUAGAAAAUGCUAGACAAGCAAUCGAAUAUGAGUUGGAAGACGUCUCCAUGAAGCCAGACCAAGAGCAGUUACUCAUGGAAAUGGUUCAUGCUGCUGGCUAUGCCGACAACACCCUUGGGCUCCCAAAGCUCUGCCCCAAAGAAAACAUCCCCGUGAUCAACCGCGGGGUUCUUUUCACAUACCUGAGCCAUCACCAUACUCCCGAAAGAAUGGUCGUCGCUGCUGUGGGAGUGGAACACAAGGCCCUAGUAGAGGAAGUGCAGAAGUACUUUGUGGAAAAACCACCGAUAUGGAAGGAAAACCAGGAAUUGGUUCUUGACAAGGGUUUGGAGCCAGAUGCAUCACUGGCACAGUACACUGGAGGCAUCGUCAAGACGACGAAAGAUUUAUCGAAUAUAUGCCCUGGAUCUCCUAUUCCCGAUCUGGCUCACUUUGUACUGGGCUUAGAGAGCUGUUCUCAUCAGGAUCCAGAUUUUAUUGCCUUCUGCGUGCUUAACAUGAUGAUGGGUGGAGGUGGAUCUUUCUCAGCUGGGGGUCCAGGCAAGGGCAUGUACACGCGGCUCUACACAAAUGUCCUAAACAGGUAUCACUGGAUGUACAAUGCCACCGCUUACAACCAUGCGUACGGGGACUCUGGACUGUUCUGCAUCCACGCCAGCGCGGAUCCUUCGCAGCUCGGGGAUGUCGUUAACGUUAUCGUCCGAGAGUUUGCAGCCAUGGCAGGAAGGAUAGCUCACAUUGAACUGGACAGAGCCAAGACACAGCUACAGUCGAUGCUGCUUAUGAACUUGGAAGCUCGCCCAGUAAUGUUUGAAGAUGUCGGGAGACAGGUUCUCGCUAGUGGUGAGAGGAAGAAUGCAGACUACUACAUCACGGAAAUAAGCAAAAUACAGGAAGAAGAUAUCCACCGUGUUGUCCAACGAAUGCUGCGAAGCCGUGCUACCGUUGCUGCUUUGGGAGAUCUUAGCCGUCUGCCACCUUUGGAGGAUAUCGAGACGGGCCUCCUUCACCAGAACAAAGGUUCUUCGCCAUCACGACGCUUCUCCAUCUUUAGGCAGUAGACCAGGUUCCUAGUAUAGUAAGACUGAGCGUAUUCAACAAAGGGACACUUAAUGACUUGAGAUUACUAAGCUCGACGAGUAGCACAGAUUCGCUGAACAUGUCAGAAGUCUUCCGAGGUGAACAAGGGUUGCACCUUGCUGGAUGGCAAAUCAGGGAGCACAACUGUAUGUAGUGAUAUUAAAGACUGCAGCAUUGCGUGCAGGGUUAGCUUUCACAGCUCCGAAA